AUGCGCAGAUGCCUUCCGUCGUGCCACGAGUCUCAUUCCCUGUCUUACCAGGCGCGGAACCUACGCAACAUAACUCCCCCUUCUCCCUUGUCCCUUUCUCACCUCUCGCCCGUACUCCACACCCUGCCUGCUCUGCUCUCUCUAUUCUCUCAUCUCGCCUUUCUCCCCUCUUUCCCCUCUCUCCUAGAUUCACCACGCUGCCUGACUCCCUCUCUCGCCACUCUGGCCAUAUCCCUCUCUCCCCUUUCUCCCGUGUGUGAGGACCGUAUGCCUGCAGACCGCAUGGUGCUGCGCAAGCUGGCGCAGGCCAUGCGCGAGUGGCCGCGCCUGAGGGUGAGUGAGGUGGAGGGGGGGAGAAGGGGGAGCAUAGGGCACUCCAUCUUUCCCCCCACCCGUCUCCCCUACUCUGCUCCCUCACCUCUCUACCCCACCUUCCCCUCCACCCCUUUCCCCCACCCUUCUCUCCCUACCCCUCUCCCCCACCCUUCUCAAGCUGCCCCUCUCCCCCACCCUUCUCAAGCUGCCCCUCUCCCCCACCCUUCUCAAGCUGCCCCUCUCCCCCACCCUUCUCAAGCUGCCCCUCUCCCCCACCCUUCUCAAGCUGCCCCUCUCCCCCACCCUUCUUUCCCUACCCCUCUCGCCCCCUUUUCUCCCUACCCUUCUCCCCCACCCUUCUCUCCCGACUCGCCCUGCCCCUGCCAGGAGGCAGGCUCAGGUCGUCGAGCAUGA